GUCGCUUUUUACCAUUUACGAAAAACUAGAUGCGAGAAGAAAAGAUUGCUUUAUAGAAUUGCAGAAGUGUUUCUAGUGAAUAGAUAUUCAGAGCUUUACGUCCAGCAGAACUUGAAAAGGGCUAAAUUUUUCUAAUUAAAACAUUGAUUCAGUGAAAAAGUGAAUUUGUGAUAGUGACUAAAUUACUGUGGUACAAAGGUGAAAAAAGGAAGUUUUGAGUGAGAAAUCAUCGUAUCUGAUACAUGACACAGAGUUCGUUUAGUAGAUCAUGAAAAAAGAUAUCUUGAUCAAAAGCACCUGCGAGGCUACCCAACUACGUGUAUACGUGAAAGACCAAAUUGAUGGUGAUCCGUUGUGGUGCGCUCGAUUCAAUGCAACAAAUCCCGAAGCUGUAGCUCAAAUUCAUCUCGAUUUCCUUGAAGCUGGUGCCGAUAUUAUCGUUACAAACACAUACCAAGCUAGUGUGGCAGGUUAUAUGCAGCACCUUGGCCUCUCCAGGGAGGAGAGCAUUGAUUUAAUUAAAAAAACUGUAAAACUUGCUCGGGAUGCACGUGAAAAAUUUUUGGCAAAAACUCGUCUUGCAGUGAAUAAGAAAGGACUUCCUCUGAUAGCAGCAUCUAUCGGACCCUACGGUGCACAUCUUCACGAUGGUUCAGAUUAUUCAGGAGACUAUGCAGAAAAGGUAAAACCAGAAGUGAUUAAAGAAUGGCAUAAAACUCAUAUCGAUGCGGUCCUUGAAGCAGGAGUUGAUGCUUUGGCCUUCGAAACUGUACCAUGCCAGGCGGAAGCAAAAGCACUGGCUGAUCUAUUAUGUGAUGACUAUCCACAUGUCAAAUUUUGGCUUUCACUUCAGUGUAAGGAUGGUUCCAGUCUAGCAAAUGGCGAUUCUUUCGCAGAGACAUGUUCAUUAUUGUGGGACCAAUUUACUUCUCAUAAUAUUACGGAAAAUUGUCUGGGAAUUGGGACGAAUUGCCUCAAUCCAAAGUAUGUUACAUCGCUCCUGGAAUCAGUAAAUGGAAAACGACCUGAAAAUCAACGCAUACCAAUAGUCGUAUAUCCAAACAGUGGCGAAACGUAUGAUAAAAAUGAAGGCUGGCUCCAAGAAGGCAAUCGUCCAACCCUUGACGAUUACGUUCCCAAAUGGAUUGAAUUAGGAGUCAAGGUGCUAGGAGGAUGCUGUCGAACUAGCAUCCAUGAUAUUCCUAAAUAUCGUGAAAUUAUUUCUAAUUUAACUUGAAAGAACGAAUUAAGAAAAUAAAACGAUUAAAAAAUGA